AUGUGAAUUGCCUUGAAACUAGUACAUUUGGCUCCGGGUUCCUUGUUUUGUUUUUUAUAUAUAUAUAUAAAUAAUACGAAAUGGGUGCGUUAAUAUUUUGAAAUAAGGAAUUUGCUCACCCUUACAGGCGGUUGGAGGAUUCUGUAGUGUUGUUACAUCAGGUUUUUGUCUAUUGUCAAAGUUGGGAGAAGGAGUGAAACGCUUGCUGGACCAUGAGUGAGCUGGAGCAGUUGCGGCAGGAGGCAGAGCAGCUGCGCAAUCAGAUCAGAGAUGCCAGGAAAGCAUGCAGCGACUCCAGCCUGUCCCAGAUUACAGCUGGUCUGGAUUCAGUUGGUAGGAUCCAGAUGAGAACGAGGCGGACACUCCGAGGCCAUUUAGCCAAAAUCUACGCCAUGCACUGGGCUACUGAUUCUAGGUUACUAGUUAGUGCCUCACAAGAUGGCAAACUCAUCAUUUGGGACAGCUACACCACAAACAAGAUUCAUGCCAUUCCAUUAAGGUCAUCAUGGGUGAUGACUUGUGCCUAUGCUCCCUCAGGGAAUUAUGUAGCCUGCGGAGGCCUGGACAACAUCUGCUCAAUCUAUAGCCUUAAAACCCGUGAGGGCAAUGUCAGAGUCACUAGAGAACUUCCUGGACACACAGGUUAUUUGUCUUGUUGUCGCUUUUUGGAUGAUAGUCAGAUAGUCACCAGCUCUGGAGAUACUACUUGUGCUCUGUGGGACAUUGAGACUGGUCAGCAGACCACCACAUUCACAGGGCACAGUGGAGAUGUGAUGAGCCUGUCACUCAGCCCUGACUCUAAGACCUUUGUGUCAGGUGCCUGCGAUGCAUCCUCAAAAUUGUGGGACAUCCGAGAUGGAAUGUGCAGACAGUCUUUCACGGGACAUGUUUCUGAUAUAAAUGCUGUCAGUUUCUUCCCAAAUGGUAAUGCGUUUACCACAGGCUCGGACGACGCCACUUGUCGUUUGUUUGACCUUCGUGCAGACCAGGAACUGAUGAUGUAUUCACACGACAACAUUAUCUGCGGCAUCACUUCCGUGGCCUUCUCUAAGAGUGGCCGCCUGCUGCUCGCUGGCUAUGAUGACUUCAACUGCAAUGUAUGGGAUACUCUAAAGGGAGAGCGUGCAGGUGUUCUAGCUGGGCAUGACAACAGAGUCAGCUGUUUGGGGGUAACCAGUGAUGGCAUGGCUGUGGCUACCGGUUCUUGGGACAGCUUCCUUAGGAUAUGGAACUGACCUCACUGGGUUGGACUUUGGGAGCCACGCCUUCUGAUCACACAAUUACUGUAGUGCACCGCUGCCACACAGGACCCUUCCCUCUCCAUCUCCUCCUUAUAGAUGCCCUAAUUUUCUUCAUCUUCUCUCUUUCUUAGACCACAUUAUCCCAUCAUCCUGCAGUCAGUUAAAGAGGUGAGGACCAAUAGCGAUACCUCUGACUCGAGGUGGGGGACAGACUGUGUUGUGUACAGUAUAUUUCUGCAAUUCUGUGUGCUUGUAUGUAUAACAUAUGCACUUCUGACAGUGUUUGGAUGUUCUGGUGUGUGGAUACUUGUGAUUGGUAUCUUAACUGUCCCUUUUUUUUCUGCUUAUUUUCUUUGUCCCGAAUCACAGUGCUUUUUGCCAGACACAGUGGCCAGUGUAAUUAACUAAGGGUUUAGGCUGCCACAGUAUUGUAGGCCAUAAGUGUUUGAUCCUCUACCUUAAUUUAGUUAGCAUCAGGUAGCAUCAGUGUUGGUUCUUUUCUACCAUAAAUGAUCCAGGCUGAGCUUGGUAAUGUAUAGUUGUGAGAGAAACACUGACGCCACUGAGCUUGUGUUUUCCAUCCUCUACCGACUCAGUGUAUUAAACUGUAUUACAGCCAGCACAGAAGGAUUUUCAUUAAGCCCGUCUGUCCAUCUGUCUUUACUAUCACUAGAUACACUAUCUGACAUUUGCUGCUUUGCAUAUUUAUUUGGCUGAAUAUAUGAUACAUGUAUGGUUAAAGGGAUAGUUCACCCACAAGUGUAAUUAGUUGUCAUUUGCUCACCCUUAUGUUGUUCUAAACCUGUAUAACUUCAGUUUUUUGUUCUGCUAAAAUCAAAAGAACAGUUCUAAAGAAGACUGUGCUGUUUUCCAAAAAAUCACAAUAUUUAAGUACUGAUGCAUUUAUGCUUAAUGGAUCCAAAAACCCUUAAAAUGGAUAUGAAAGUAUUCCAGAUGACUGCAUUCCAAGUCGUCUGAGGACAUACAAAAGAAUGAGUGAGAAACAGACUGAAAUUUGGUCAAAGUUGGUCAUCUAAAUUUAGCGACUCCAGAUUGAGUGGGUUGAAUGAACUCCUGAGUCGAAUCAGAAUGAAACAUUUCAUAAACACUCCAAGGAGUCCUGUUACAUAUGUUAUCAGUGAAUUACGACUUUGUUAUUCACCAAAAAUGUUUUGUAUGUCUUCAUAAGACAUGGAGCAGUACACCUAUCAUAUGGACCACCUUCAUGUGUGGACGCACAAAAAUCAAAUAGUUUUGCAAUAACUUGAGGGUGAGUAAGUGAUGACAUUUUAAGCAAAACUAUUUCUGUAAAGUUUAAGUCUUUUUGUUUUGAUCCAAACACCAAGCAUGGCCUUGAUGCUUUGUGUGACUUUGCCACUGAUGAGCAGGCUGGAAUUGUAACCUGAUUCCUAACAAAGAGGCCUUGGUCACUGCCACUCUGACAAUGUCUGCCUUUUUACACACACUAUGAACACUUGCCAUCUGAGAUGAAGACCUAGCUAGGACUGUAUGCUUUUGCACUAGAAAAUAGUCAUGUGAGACUGCACACACUGGUGUUUCUGCACUCGUUUGAAUUAAUGUGCUUCAGCUCUGUGACAAAAAAAAAACUGUCAUGGACCACAAGCUACACUGUGCAUAUUUAGACACAAAUGUGUGUAUUGAAGGUAUAAAUCCCUCUGUCUGUUUCUGUAAAACAACAACAACAAAAAAAGCAAGCCUUAAACGCAAGUCAUUUUUCACUUGAACCACCAGUAAUCACCUUAAAUUUGUGCCAGUCAGUGUGAAUAAAUGUACAGGCUGGCUUUGUGAGCAUAUAAAAAUAUGUACAAAGGUUAUGCUUUUCAUUGUGGUUGUUUAGUUUUAGACUUUUUUUUUUUUUUCAGGCAAGUUUUUUGACAUUAAUGAUAUUUACAUUUCCAAUACUAGUUUGCAUUCAGUAUUCUGUAUCGUUUUGUGCUAUUUCAAGAGUUUAAUAUAUGACAUUACUGUUCAUCAGGUAAAUUUCAUUUCAAUCAUGCAAUUACUUAUGUUAUGAAAGGACAUCCAACACGUGGAAGUUAUGGACCUCCUGUUUUGAGUGUUUACAACAUUUAGGCAGUUAUUAUUUAGGUAAUUAAGGUACAUGAAGAACUUUGCAUAGUGCAAUGAAGGCAAAAAGGGUUUUAACCUGAAUUGAUUUAGUAAAACCAACAUAAUUCAUAUGACAUCCAAUUGUCCUCCAGGUAUAGCCUUUUGUAGUCGUUUAAAAGACUUGAAAUGUUUCGUCUCAAUACAAUACAAGUUCAAAACAAUCAACAAUGUACAGUACACUUACAAGUAAAUUAACUUAUGCCUUUUUAUUCUGGGAAAAUGAGGCACCUGCAAUUAAAAUAAAUGGUGAACAGCAUUUGUGCACAUGUAAAUUUGGCAGUUAUAUUUGUAUUAUUUGGGUUUUGUAAAUUGUCAUCACCAACAUCAUAAUAUCGCUAUGAUUUAGUUUCAUGUUAACACAGUCUGCAACUUUAGUUGCUAUACUUUUUUAAUGGCAUUUUUUAGUGUUUAUUGGUUUUGUUCUAAGUGUCUUCAUUCAUCCAUGAUUGUUGCUUUUUGUGUGUUUGUGAAGACUAAUACGAUUGACCUUAGCUCAUAUUGAAUCCAGAACAUUCAUUAGAUUUGAAGUUCAACCUGAACUUGCCAGUUAGUCCAUAAAGUACAUGAACAUGAUCGUAGGGAGCAGGCAACAUAAUAUCCUAUGGAUAUUUCAGCUAGCUUACUGAGCCUUAUCCUAUGGAUAAGAUCAAAUACUGUGCUAGCAAUACCACAAUCCAUUGACUCUGAGGGGGAGGUGGGGGGCAGCUUGCUUAAGUUUACAAAAUCCUUAACGGUAUAAAAAAUCAUGCAUGACCUUUAAGUUAGAACUUGACAAUUAAAUCGGCAUGCAGGUGGUUUCCAAAUGUGAAAAUGAUUGUGUUAGAACUAUCGUAUUAAAUGAUGCAGCUUAUAUUAUCCAGAUCUUUGCAAUCACUUUUUCUUUCAUUUAAAGUAGGCACUCAGCACAUAACUUAUGAUGUGAGGCUUAAAUAUUUGUAUUUUUUGAAGAAGUUUUCCCUUACAACAUUUGCUUUCCACGUGCUGGCCUUCUUGCUAAAGGCAGUGACAGCUUAGUUUUUCUGAAUUUGAAUUUAACCAAGGUUGUUUUUACAGGGGUGGUUAUGCUGACAAGCAUUGAAAUUACAGCACUGAAACCCCAAGGCAGACUGGCAGCAGUUAAUGUCUAAAAUGGAUAACAAUAAUACAAAGAAAUACUCUAAAUACUCUAAAAAUUUAAGUGAAUAAAGAAGUAAAUGCAGCAUUGGCUGUAGCGUGAUCACAGAUUCGAUGUAUCACAUUGAAGUGUUGUUUAGCUUUGCUUUCACUUGCUACAGAAACUUUUUCAUUUAUAAACAUACAGGACACAAAUAACCGAAGUGCAAUCUGUUAAGCAUAUUAACAACAUACUGUCACCAACCCUCAAACAAAUUGUGGUUUACCAAAGAGCAAGCGUGCUUGAUUCAUAGUGGUUUUGAUGUAUUUUAUAUAGCGAUAGAUCUACUUCCUAAUGGGUGCAAAAUAAAUGAUCCUUGCUGAUGUAAUGGACAAGAUAUUUGGAUGGUCCUGCAAAUGCUGUAACUAUUUGAUUUAAAAUCAGAUGAUUUUGAUUUUAAUUCACUUAUACGGUAAUUAUUAGUUGCCCCUCCCUAGUGUGUGUGUAUAUAUCAUGGACAAAACCAGCAGACAUAACUGCCUCUUGAUUCUAACAUACAUUCCUCUUAAUUCACUUUAAAUGCUUUAUUGACAACAGAUUUGUAUUAUUUACUUCAUGCUGGCUCAGAAAACAAUGAUGUCUUGCUGUGGGAUCUUUUUUAUUUAGUUUUUUAACAGAAUUUGUUUGUAUUCGUACAGUGGCAGUAAAACCUGUUAUUAUUUGUUGUCGUAACCAAUAAAUGCUUUUCAUCAAGA